UACACAUCGCGAUUCCAAGCCAAACCGCCCAAACCUUCCACGAAAGACGUUCUUUUUUUCCUUCGCCGCCGCCUCCUCUGUUUCCAUCCUUCAUUUCAUCGCCAAGAUCAUAUGACGCCCAUCGGAUAGCGACGCCUUUUGUUGUGCACGAGGAUGACCGGAGCCACCCCAUUUUGCUCCGAUGUGUGGAAACUGCAUACGGCGUUCCCCUCCUCCUCCUCCGCUCCGCCGCCUACUUGGUCGGCAUCGAGCAGCACGUUGGCGACGCCGCCGCCUUACUGGCUUACUGCCUACUGCCGUCCCAAGGUUUGGUCGAAAUCUACCGCAUUCUCCGGCCCGGCGGCUGUUGGAUCCUUCUCCUUUGCGCAUUUUUACCUAAACUAAAUCAACCGACAACGACUUGCCUUGGCUGCAAGAAAAUCCUAGUCAACGAUCAAGGCGAACAGCUCGGCCGUUUGGUCAUAAAACCGUGACUAAUAUAUUUUUAAGAAAAAGUAAAAUAAGUAAUUUAAAUAUUAAAAAAAAACAAUUAAAUUCAUGGUUCUUUAAAUUAUUAUUUUUAUUUUAUUUUAUUUCGAUUUCAACUAAUGGUGAAUUGCGAUAGGUCGCAGUGGCAGACCGCAUCUCAUGCCUUGCCACAAAAAAAAAACUUGUAAUUUCUAAAAAUGGCAGUCCACGCCGAAAGCAGGGAUACAAAGGGAGGGAGAAUGCGCAGAGGCAGAGAUCGGGAAAGGAAGAGAGAGCUAAUCGCGUUCUCUCUUCUCUCUUCUUCUUCUUCCAAUUCAUUGCGCGUGAAGAAGAAAAGAGUAGAGGGGACGGCGGAUUAAUAAUCUUCGACAGUUCAACUUGGAAGCGACAAAAUGCAUAUGAUGCGGCGAAUCAAGGACAUCGCCUCCGGUCACCCUUCCGUCCCUGAUCCGGAUGUGAAGGUGGACAAGAAAACAACAUAUUUUGAUGAGGAAGGAGAGGAAGAUUUUACAGAAAAAUCAAUGGACACGAACAAAAUGGCUACUGUAGAUCAACAUAUGGCUCUGUCAGAUGAAAAUGUUGAUGGAAGAAGAACGCUGACAUCUGAAGUAACAAAGGUUGAUCAACUACCCAAAAAAAUGCAUGAUAUGACAAUCAGAGAUGAUAAAGUUGAUAUAAUGGAUGAGAAGGAGCAAGAUAAUAUAAUGAUAAAUGGAAAUGGAACUAAUCCUGGUCAAGUAAUUACAACGACAAUAGGUGGCCGAGAUGGCAGGCCUAAAAAGCUGAUGUCAUAUAAAGCUGAGCGCAUUGUUGGAACAGGUUCAUUUGGUGUAGUUUUCCAGGCUAAAUGUUUAGAAACAGGAGAAGCAGUUGCAAUCAAGAAGGUUUUACAGGAUAAGAGAUACAAGAAUAGGGAACUACAAACUAUGCGCUUACUUGACCAUCCAAAUGUAGUCCAACUAAAACAUUAUUUCUUCUCAACGACUGACAAUGAUGAUCUCUACCUCAACCUCGUUCUCGAAUACAUCCCUGACGCUCUUUCUCGAACUUUGAAGUAUUAUAAUCGCAUGAACCAACAUAUGCCACUCAUUUAUGUAAAAUUGUAUACAUUCCAGAUUUUUCAUGCACUUUCUUACAUUCAUCAGGUUGUAAGGGUGUGCCAUCGGGAUAUCAAACCACAGAAUAUAUUGGUUAAUCCACACACACAUCAAGUAAAACUCUGUGAUUUUGGCAGUGCCAAAAUGUUGGUUCCAGGAGAGCCUAAUAUAUCUUACAUUUGUUCGCGAUACUAUAGAGCACCUGAACUCAUGUUUGGAGCUACAGAAUACACAACUGCUAUUGACAUGUGGUCAGCUGGUUGUGUGUUGGCAGAGCUUCUCAUAGGACAGCCUCUACUUCGAGGGGAAAGUGGUGUUGAUCAGCUGGUGGAAAUCAUUAAGGUUUUAGGUACUCCAACAAAUGAAGAAAUCAAGUGUAUGAACCCAAGUUAUUCAGAAUUCAAAUUUCCACACAUGAAAGGUCACCCUUGGCACAAGCUUUUCGCAAAGUCAGUACCGACUGAGGCAAUUGAUCUUGUGUCAAUGCUACUUCAAUACUCACCUUAUUUGCGUCCUACAGCUUUGGAGGCCUGCGCUCAUCCAUUCUUUGAUGAAUUAAGAGACUCUAACACAUGUUUGCCUGAUGGCAAACAUCUUCCUCCUUUGUUCAACUUCACAUCUAAGGAGCUUGAAAGUGCUUCUCCUGAACUAGUGGAACGUCUCCUACCUUGACGUUGAGCUUCAAUUAGGGACAAGAAGUUUAGGCAUACUUUGGUAGAUAACUUCUUUUUCCAGAUUUCCUGACGUGGUUAAUGGUUGGACUUCAAGGCGAACAAUUUUGGUGAAUUGACAAUGAUUUUAGUUGAAGCCAUCAGAGGUGCCAAAAGUUUGUGCGUGUAAAGUGCAAGAUUUCGCGGAGACUUUAAGUGGUGGAGCAAGCAAAAAAUUCCUAAAUCAGCAGUCAAUCUUGUGUUACAUCUGACAACACCGUGGAGCAUCUUACCGUUGACCAUUGUGUUGUACGUACGUAGCUUCGUUGUACAAUGCUAAUAUACAAGUCAAUUUUUUUUUACAAAUUUGACUUUUCAUUGUAUUUGAUGAAUUAAAAGAUGCUUCUGUAGAAGCAAUUCAUGCUAUCUCAUUAUUCCAAAUAAAAAUGCUUAUCUCUUCCAUUUU